AUGGGGCAAAACCAGUCAGGAGGUGGAAGUGGAGGAGACAAGAAAGAUGACAAAGAUAAAAAGAAGAAGUAUGAACCUCCAAUCCCUACCAGGGUGGGAAAGAAGAAGCGCAAAGCAAAAGGCCCCGAUGCAGCUUUAAAGCUACCUCAAGUUACACCACAUACAAAAUGUCGAUUGAAAUUAUUAAAAUUGGAACGGAUCAAGGAUUAUCUCCUCAUGGAAGAAGAAUUUAUUAGAAACCAGGAGCGUCUAAAGCCACAGGAAGAAAAAAUUGAAGAAGAGAGGUCUAAGGUUGAUGACCUUAGGGGUACACCUAUGUCUGUAGGCAACUUAGAGGAGAUUAUUGAUGACAAUCAUGCUAUUGUCUCUACAUCAGUAGGAAGUGAACAUUAUGUGAGCAUUCUGUCCUUUGUGGAUAAGGAUCAGUUGGAGCCUGGAUGCUCUGUACUUUUGAAUCAUAAGGUUCAUGCUGUUGUUGGUGUACUGGGUGAUGAUACUGAUCCAAUGGUGUCAGUUAUGAAACUGGAAAAAGCACCUCAAGAGACUUAUGCAGAUAUUGGUGGACUGGACACACAGAUACAGGAAAUAAAGGAAUCAGUUGAGUUACCUCUAACACAUCCGGAGUAUUACGAAGAAAUGGGUAUUAAGCCACCUAAAGGAGUCAUAUUGUAUGGACCUCCUGGAACUGGCAAAACUCUCUUGGCAAAAGCAGUGGCCAACCAGACUUCAGCUACGUUCCUACGUGUUGUUGGAUCUGAACUGAUUCAGAAGUAUUUGGGUGAUGGUCCUAAACUUGUACGAGAAUUAUUCAGAGUUGCUGAGGAACACGCUCCAUCUAUUGUUUUUAUAGAUGAAAUUGAUGCUGUUGGCACGAAACGUUACGAUUCUAACUCAGGGGGAGAGAGAGAAAUUCAAAGAACUAUGUUAGAACUUCUCAACCAAUUGGAUGGUUUUGAUUCUCGGGGAGAUGUGAAGGUAAUCAUGGCAACUAACCGAAUAGAAACCUUAGAUCCAGCUUUAAUUAGACCUGGCCGUAUAGACCGAAAGAUUGAGUUUCCACUUCCAGAUGAGAAAACUAAGAGGAGAAUCUUUACCAUACACACAUCAAGAAUGACAUUAGCCGAUGAUGUAAACCUUUCUGAGCUUAUCAUGUCUAAAGAUGAUCUUUCAGGAGCCGACAUUAAGGCUAUAUGUACAGAAGCUGGCUUAAUGGCUCUUCGUGAACGACGUAUGAAGGUAACCAAUGAGGACUUCAAAAAGUCGAAGGAAAGUGUGCUGUAUCGCAAGAAGGAAGGCACACCGGAAGGACUUUAUCUUUAA